CUCUAUAACCAAAUCCAAAAUGUAUAUUGUAGGUAGGGCUAAUGUUAUCAUAAUAUUUUUAGUUAGGUGUCAUUAAUUCUAUGUAAAUAAGUUACCUAUUCCGUUUAGAAUUAUUUACUACUCUUAUUUGUUGAUUUUAAGAUUGGCCGUUACCUCCCGGCCAUAAAUAUUCUUCAUUCUUCGAUGACAUUCUCUUCUCUCUUUAUCAGAUUACACAACUCAGAGGUGCGUCAUUGAUGCGGUGUAGCGCGUAAACCAAAAAUUCCCAAUUUUGAUCGGUUAACCAACAGGGCCCAGUAAAGUAGAAUUAUAAGGAAUAAAAUUCUUCUAUUUCUAGAUAAAGUAUUUUAACCCGAUCAAUUAGUUAUGUUGAACAACGAUAGGGCAACCACGGCACCAAAGUCGGGAGCUGCUGAUGUGCUGGACUUUGAAUCAAAUUUCAGUAAGGUUCUGGCAAAACGUAAUGUGCUUACGAAGAUAAAAGUUCUCGCAAUAGCACUCGGCAUAGGCACGUAUAUAGUAGUAGUACAUGUUCGGUGCAAGUUCUUCGAUACGUGUCCAGACAUUUAUUCGAGUUUCCUGGGGACUGCGGAGGAGUUUCCAACAUCGAAAAAAAUUGAUCCAUCUCUUGACCCCAACAGAGGUGAUUUUAUUCUCGAGGACACUAUGCUCACCAUUACGAAUAGCACGGAUGCUUAUACAUCAACCCACAGGUAACUUUCACCUGUCACCAAUUAAGUUGAACCAUAUAAGAAGGCUGACUAGAAAUUGGGGACAAAGGUUGGUUUUUUUUUAUAUUGUUAGCAAUUGGUUUAUUCUCCCACAUCAGAUCACUGCGUUCCCUCAAGAAUUUUCAGAAUUCGAUAGUGUCAGAUCAUUGAAUUAAACGAUUGAAGAUUAUGUGACUGGUCCUCAAUGUGAAAUAAGCAUUACCAAUACUACUUAAUGAAUGUACUCCUCCAC